AUGGAUAUUUUCAAACACGAACCGAUCGAUCUUGAGGGGCCUGCUUUUCGGCUGCUACGACUUUUCAAAGGCAGCGAGGCCGAUAUUGAGUGCGAGCUCUUUCAAGCCUGGCUCCACGGCGACAGCGCUAUUUCGUACGAGGCUUUAUCAUAUACAUGGGGUGGCACUGAAAUGUCUGCAUCUGUGAAGAUAAAUGGCAGAACGCUUCAUGUCACUGAAAACCUGUACUUGGCGCUUCAAUACCUCCGUUCGCAAGAAACAGAUCGAAUUCUUUGGGUGGAUGCUAUUUGCAUUGACCAAUGUAACCAUCGAGAACGGGGACACCAGGUUCAACAAAUGGGGAAUAUAUAUUCUCAAGCUGAUCGGGUUGUUAUCUGGCUCGGCCCGGCGACACACGAUAUCAACGUUCUUAUGAACUCUCUAAAGCAACUAGAGGAAGAGAGCAUUAAGUAUGCUUGUAAGGACUGGAGCCUCACGGACAAGCGCUGGGUGGAUCUUUGGUCAUCAUUGCACCCUUUCCUAAUGAGUCAGCAUUGGGGUCUAGAAGUCCGGCAGCGUGCAGGCCUCGAGUUGCUCUUAGGACGGCCUUGGUUCAAGAGAGUAUGGAUCUUGCAAGAAGUCGCCAACGCGAAGAGGGCUGUAGUUUGCAGCGGCACCAAAUCUGUGUCAGCACGGAUCUUUGCCCUUGCCCCGUUGCUAAUGAACACCACCCCAGAGCCCCAUUGUCAAGCAGUCUUGGAUAUCAUGCCCGGCCCAUCAAGGAAAUAUUCUUGGUGGAGCCAAAAGCGGGAUCUUUAUACUCUUCUACGGAAGUUCAAGAGCAGCAAAGCAAGUGACCCACGGGACAUGAUUUAUGCCUUACUUGGCAUAUCUUCAGAUGCACAUAGCACCAAUAGACUUCGUGCAGAUUAUACCAAGGACCUCCAGCAAGUGGUUGUCGAUACCGCAUCAUUCUUCUUCGGUCGGUCUGACUUCACUUUCCAUACCGUGCCGGAACUCUUACAGCAUGGUACUUCCUUAAACAAUAAAUACCUCAUCAAGGUUGCAAAAUCACAAAAUGCGAGCAAUGUAGCGCACUUCCUCAUGUGGCGAGGAGACGAAGUCAAGGUCACAGCGGAGGUGGUCCGGGCCGCAGCAGAGAAUACAGAGAAUGGAAGAGAGGUAAUGGACUUUCUUCUCCAGAAGCGAGGAAGCGAAGUCAAGGUCACAGAGAGGAUAGUCAAAGCCGCAGCAAGGAACACGGGGAGCGGGAAAGAAGUGAUGAACUUUCUUCAUAAGCAGCGAGGAGAAGAGGUGGUUAGAGCCGCAGCACAGAGCGGAAAAGAAGCGAUGGAAUUUCUUCUUCAGCAGCGAGGGAGCAAAGUUAAGAUUACAGAGGAGGUGGUCAAGGCUGCAGCAAGGAGUUUAGUGGAAGGACAAGAAGUAAUAGACCUUCUUCUUCAGCAGCAACCAAAAGCUUGGGAGAUUACAGAAGGGCUUGUUACAGAACUAACAAAAUCAUUUAAUACUAGCUCUAUAGAAAUUCUUCUUCGGAAGCGAGGAAGCGAAAUUAGGGUUACAGAGGAGGUAGUCAAGGCCGCAGCAGGGAACACACAGAGCGGAAAAGAAAUAAUGGACCUUCUUCUUCAGCAGCGAGGAAGCGAAAUAAAGGUUACAGAGGAGGUGGUGAAGGGAAGACAAGUAAUGGACCUUCUUCUUCAGCGGCGAGGAAGCUAAAUUAAGGGUACAGAGGAGGUGAUCAAGGCCGCGGCAGGAAACACAGAGCGGGAAUGAAGUGAUACGUCUUUGUAGGGACACAGAGAAAAGGGGACGUAUAGCGUC